UGCCGUGCAAUGAAUCGAUCGUUGACAAACGUUCUCUUUGGAGGAAUCGCUGCACCAGCAGAAGCAACCAAGAAGAUGGAAGGAGUCGCCACCAAGAUAUCCGUCGAGGAGACUGUUGAUGCUUUGUUGGAGGCCGAGACUGUGAUCAUCACACCAGGUUACGGUCUUGCUGUUGCCAAAGCUCAAUAUGCAAUUGCAGACAUUGUGAAGGCUCUCGUUGCAAAAGGCGUCAAACACCCAGUCGCUGGACGUAUGCCCGGACAGAUCAACGUUCUCUUGGCUGAAGCUGUUGUGCUCGAAAUGGAGGAGAUCAACGAGGAUUUCACCGAUACCGAUGUCACUUUGAUCAUUGGCGCCAAUGAUACUGUCAAUCCCUCUAGUCUCGAACCCAACUCGCCUAUCGCUGGCAUGCCAGUGCUUCAUGUUUGGAAGUCAAAGAAUGUCAUCGUAAUGAAACGUUCGUUGGCCGGAGUUCCUAACCCGCUCUUCUACAUGAAGAACACGAAGAUGUUGCUAGGUGAUGCAAGGGAUAUGUGCGAGGCAUUGAAGCAAGGCAUUGAAGCACGCAAGUAG